AUGGAUUCAAAUAAUAAAUUCGAAGAUUUGAUGAAGAGGUGGUUGCAGGAAAAUAAAUCUGGUGGGACGACCCCAGCCGCCAGAAAGACAAAAUUAAUGGGAGAAAUAGGAAAAUGGAUUACUGAAAUAUUAGGGGCAAUGAGAAAGGAUGAUAAGGAGGAUUGGGCUAAACAGGCAUGUGCAGAUAUUACAGUAGAAGGAAAGAAGUUAGCAGGGGACGAGAAGGAAGUAUGUCAGUUUCUUAUGAAAAUUUUAUACAAAAUAAAAGAAGUUCGAGGAGCAAACUGCGGACAGACGAACAUUGAAGAGGAAAUGAAGGAAUAUGUCCAAUGUGCAACACUAAACUUAUGGUCCACCAUGUAUAUAAUUAAACAUUGUGAUAAGAGCAAUGUCGUGCAUGAGACAUAUAAAUUAAUGAAGAGUAUGUUCGGAGGAUUUGGGGGGGGAGCUCAAUGUGAAGGAUGUGUGUAUGGAAAGUUAGAACCUAUGAGAGUAUUAGGGGGAACCGAUAUAUUACAGCAUAUUAAUCAAACUAUGAAUGCGGAUCCAAAAAUUAUGAAAUUAAUAGAUAACAAACCAAAGAAAUCAUGUCCAACACAGCAACAUCAACAACCAAGUGCAGCGGAGACAAAGAAAAUGACGAAAGAGCAGUUUAAUUUCCUAUCCCACUUAUUAACAAAAUGGAUCAUGGAAAAGGGUAUGAACAAUGUGAACCAAUUUGGGAUAGGAAUAUGGGCAGGUUUGGGGCAAAUGUUUGAAAAUCUUAUGAAUACUCUGCCGCGUGAGCAACCAGGUAUACCAAAACUGUGUGCGGUUGGAGAGGGUAUGAACGGACAAAAAAUUGAAUCGUGGAAUUCACGGGAAAAAGAACUCUGCAGAAAUAUGCUAGCAGUAAUGUUAUAUACAAACGGAUUAACGCAGGAUCUGAAGGUAAGAAAAGGUAUAGAGGGUGAAGAUACGGUAACUACAUAUCUAAGGUGUCUAGUUGGAACCAUAGUGUUAGUAGAAUUAUAUGGUACACACUGCCGUUUUGGAAGGGUACUUCCACAUGUAUCACGAGUGGUCAAACAAAAGGUGAAGGACAAUAAUUUGAAGAUGACAGAGGAAAUGUGCUAUAACCAAAAUCUAGAAGAAGCAAAAGUGGGGGGUCAAUUAAUUGGUGCAACAAUAAAAGAAUGGAUAAACGAAAGAGGAUGGAAGAGUGAUACGAAAGUGCGGAAUUACAAAGCAAUAGAAACACAGGGGAAAAAUUGUACCCAGGAUGCGACAAGUGAAGGAGCAGGAAGUAAGAGUAAUGGGUCAGGAGUGACUAGUGAAACAGGAAUAAAGGAAAUACGGGAAAUAAUGAAAGAAGGGAAAACUGUAUCGCAGAGUAUUGCUGAUGAAGUAAUAGAAAAGGUCCUUGAGGAAGGGUUAACGAAGGGGGAAGAAGGAAUAAAGAAGAUGUUUGAGAGUGAACUGGAACAAAAAAUACAGGAAGCAAUGAAAAAACAAAAAUCCCCAUCCACCUUAUCAGUGGACCCAAAUAAUUGUACAAUCAAAGGACUGGAAGACGAUGAGGAAGAAAAUUGGGAUGAACUGUUCACAAAGUUUUCUAAUGUGCCCAGUGAAGAAGAUGGGAAGGACACCAUUUAUAACAAGUGGCAAGGAUAUAAAAGUGUAUGUAAGGAGGACGUACAAACGGGUAAAAUAUGGAAUACACAGGAAAGGGAGUUUUGCGAAGUUCUAAUAAGGAAUUUAAUAAUUGCAAAUGAGGAAAAAUACGAAUGUGAAAAGAAGGAUGCGAAGUCUAGAAAUGGCAAGCCAUGUGUCAGUAAGUGUGACUUAUUACAUUUGUGGUUGACCUAUGUAAAGGGUCGUUGUGUUAGUGACGAUGUUAUUAAAUAUGCCUAUGAGGCGAUGUAUAAUUUGGAAAGUAGGUGGGACAGUGUAGGAAUUGGAGGGAAAAGUUGUAAGUAUGGAGAAACUGAUAACCUUGUAAGAGAUGGCCUAGAUGUUGUACAUGCAAUCAGUAUGAAAAUGAAGUGUGAAGCAGGAAGAGGAAAAAUGAAGGGAAUACACAAUAGUCAUUGGUGCAAUGAGAGUAAUAGGAAGUAUACAGCAAAUAUGGGUACAGUUGGUGUGGGUCGUUCCGGUGGUAAAUCUAGACAACAACCCACAAAAGGGAAACAAUUAGUAGAUAAAUUGAAGCACAUUGAAGAAAGAACUAAGGGCCAGUUGGAAGAAGUAAAGAAAGAAAUUGAAAAAGCUUCAUCAACCUCCGGUGAUGACUGCACCAACAAGGGUGACCUAUGUACCCGCGUAAAAUGCGUAGCAGAUAAGUGGCAUACAAAUAGGAAUAAGGGACAGACGAACUGGAGUGAAAUGCAGAAUGUCAUCGAGCACAGGGCCAAAGAUAUGUUUGCUUCUAUAUCUACAAAUAGCGAACAUAUGAAAACUUAUUGCAGUAACCUUACACAGUCAGGUAGUAGAAUAGUCACUGACCCAGAGAUAAAGGCAUGCCAAUACAUUACUGCAGGAAUACAGCACAUAUACAGCAUUGAUGUAGACGAGAAUGAUAAGACGCAAGGGAACAGUGACGAUGAACAGAAGGGCAAAGAAAACAGGGAUUUUAAGCAAGUUGCGGCCUGUCUGCUUCUGAACGCCUAUGCAGAUGAAUUGAAAAAUCACGUUAAAUCUCCCUGUACGAUCGGUGAGGAUACAAUAAAACAAGCAUUUCAGAAAGGGAAUGGGCAACUUGCGAAAUGGUGUAAGUAUAACGGUGGUAAUAGUAAUAAUUGUGUUAAGUGUGAAAGGGUUGAGGACUAUGGAAAUUGUGAAGUAGAGUAUAGUGGGAAGAAAGACAAUGUAAAGAACAAAGUGGAUGAACUGCUCAAAGGGAAGGAUACAAACUUAACAAAAACUCUAACUGAUAUAAGUACUAUAAAAAAUAAUAACUUAUGUCACCGUGCACAAUGUGUAACAACACAAUGGUCCAGGGACAAAACAGCGGAAAAGCGCAAAGCGGGAGAGAUGAGCACAACGGUGUGGGAGGUUUGGAAAGGAUUCAUAUUUCGCAUCAAAAAGGACAGUUGGAAGGACAUUACACAGAGGAUCGACCCACUUGCUACUACCAUGGUUCAGACGAAUAAAGUUGUUGACAAUCACUGCAGUAGCAUGGAAGGGGAAAAGAAAACAGCAUGCGAGCAAAUAGUUAGAGGUUUAAAGCAUAUAUACAACACUCAAGGGAAGGAGACUGGUGGGAAGGGAAAAUCUGAUCAGAAGGAAAAUAAUAGACUAUUUAAGCAAACUAUGUCAUGUUUUAUAUUAAAUGUGUAUUCAGAUCUUAUUAAGGAUAAAUGUCCGAACAUAAAUAAUAGCAUGCAGGAGUUUUUUAAUGUAGGAAAAGAUCUUCACGAAAGUGAAUGUACAGGGGGGAGUACAUGUAUUCCAUGUGAGUGGGACGAAUGUAAUGAUAUGAAUUUCGAUAAUAAGAAACUACGUAACACAAUAAAAGAUGAGCUCCAGAAGAAUAAUAGAAACAUACAGAAUGCUCUGAGUAAAAUAUGUUCACCACCCAAACCCGAUAACAAAGCAACCAAAGCACCAGCAGGAGAGCUAAGGAGUGAUAGUGAAGAUGGGGAAAUUGCAACACUACCGGGUAAGAAUACACAGGAUGUUGAUGAUUUGGACAGUCUGCCUCCGCUUGGUGAUGAUGAUGUUACAGGAUGUGUUGGAUCCACUUGCGGCGAGUUCGACGAUGAUCACCUAAAUCAGGGAGUAUUCUCCCAUACGGGAGAAUAUGGAACUGUCACUACCACUAAAACUACACUUAACAUUACAGGCCCAAAAGUUCCGAACUCUGCGGAAGGCCCGAAAGUACAGGAUAUGAAUGGACAGAGUAGUCCUAUCCCUGGUCCAACUUCUGAAGGUACAUCUGUCCCAGGUUCUACUGGAACUUGGAACCCUGGUUCUUCCGGUACUGGUUCCAUAGGAACUUGGAAUCCAGGUUCUUCUGGUUCCGGUUCUACGGGAACUUGGAAUCCAGGUUCUUCUGGUUCCGGUUCUACGGGAACUUGGAACCCAGGUUCCUCUGGUUCCGGUUCUACGGGAACUUGGAACCCAGGUUCCUCUGGUUCCGGUUCCACUAGCACUCCACAACAAGGUGACCCCAAGGACCACCACAACAAGGUGGUAACAGACCAGAAGGAGCACUACCAACACCGGCACCAGCAGCAACAACAAGGAAGAGUCCAUCCUUGGUGCGUCCCAGAAGCAUUCUUCCCCUUCUACCACUUAUAUUUUUUCCUCGGUAAAAGAAGAAAACGUCACAGAAGAGCUUAUGAUGUAUCUGGUCCUCCCCCCUUGGAAGAACAACCUCUUGAUCAUGUGGACGAUCUGCCUGGUCGUCCACAUGAAUAUACCUUAGUAAAGGAACGCAAACCAAGAUCCGCUCCAACAGGAACGCAGAGCCCCAAAGAACGUACUGAUCGUUGUGCUGAUCGUCGUGGUGUACGUCGCCGCAUGAUUAUUGAUAUUCAUUUAGAAGUCUUAGACGAAUGUCAAAGGGAAAACCUUCAUUUGACGAAGGAGGACUUCCUUAAAAUAAUUGUAGAAGAAUUUAUGGGACCCCAAUUUAUAAAACAAGAAAAUGUUCCUAAGGAAUGUGUUCCUAUGGAAGACUUUGUUGCUAAGGAAAGUGUUCCUCCGGAAGAUGUUCCAAGUUCAGAUUCCGGGUUUAGGGUUGAUGUUCCUCAGGAAAAGGUUCCAAGUUCAGUUUCUGGUUUCGGGUUUUGGGGGGAAGACUUUGUUCCUAAAGAAGAUGUUGCAAAGGAAGAUGUUCCUAAGGAAGAGGUUCAAAGUUCAGAUUCCGGAUUUAGGGAGGAAGACUUUGUUCCUAUGGAAGGUGUUCCUAAGAAACAGGUUCCAAGUUCAGAUUCCGGGGUUAGGGUUGAUGUUCCUAAGGAACAGGUUCAACAUUCAGAUCCCGGGUUUAGGGUGUAG